AUGUCCCAUAACCUGGCAGUGCGGUAUAAUCUUUUUGAACGCCAUGGAAAGAACAUGUUUCGAGAGCUGCGUCUGUUUGAUGUGAUAUAUGCUCGUUUAAACUUGCAGGAUACGAAGAAUCUUGAGCUGACCAGUCACCUCUGGGUCAUCAGUGAUGCAGCCGCCAAUCCUGCCUACAAAAAAAUCCUUGGUCUGAUGAUUAAAAGUUGGCCUGGGACGAUACACUUUUGUCAUGAUUCGAUACGUAUCAUGAUACUCGGGGGCAAUCCGAAAUGA